ACUUGGGCACUGUCUCCACUCCCUGACAGACGGACCUACAAGACUGCACGGACUCUACACUACCUGAUAGUACCUCCGUUCUCUCGAUAAGUCCAUCUCUCUCAUUCUCUCUCUUCUCUCACUUUAUCCCCUACAAAACUGCACUGUCAGAUACCUCCAGACUGCAGUAACCAUUCAACGCUCGCAAUUCUGCAACAAAGCCCAAUUUUUCGAGAUGCAGGUGACAUUAAUUAUCGCCCUCGCCUUCGUUUUGGCAGUCCCCGCCCUCACACAGGUGGUGGGAGGUAGUCAGAAUGAGCAGGAUCAACUAGACAAUACCUCACAGUCUCCACAGAGUGUGAGUCAAGUUGCAGGUGCACUUAGCGACAACGACAAUAAUGCUACUGACGAGGAUGAUGAUGACACGGAGACAAAAGGUGAAGAACAGCUCGAACAAGGCCGUGCUAAAUUAAGCUCCGCGUUGAAGUGUGGCUCUAAGUACAAGUUGAAGUAUGGGGAAUCUCUCUUAUUGUUCUCUAAUAAUAAUGGAGAUCAGCAAAAAUGCAAGGUCAAGGUUACGGGACCCUCGGCCUCUGUGUUGGCUGUCCAGUGUCCCAAUUUCGAACUGAAUCCCGGUGGUUGUAAUAAGGAGAAACUCGUCAUCACUGAAGACGACAAUGGGAAGACAAUCAAGAGCAAAUACUGUACAGCCAAGUGGACGAAUAACUACGUGGCGAAAGGAAACGUUCUUCAGUUUCUUCACAUGCGUAAGGCCCUCAAGGGGGACGAGUGCUCCGGGGGAUACACGUGUGAAGUCUUUCCUAUCGAUGAGUCGAACCCGCCGAGUACUGAUAAUGGGACAUCAGACACCAGACCUCUGUGUGCGAACUGUGGGAUGUCGGACGUACAGGCGCCGAGAGUGAUAGGUGGCCAGGAGGCGUCUGAAGGAGAGUACCCCUGGAUGGUGUAUCACAAGCAAGGGUGUGGUGGGACGCUCAUUGCUCCUCAAUGGAUCGUCACCGCCGCCCACUGCUACUUCGGUCUAUCCGAUCCCACCUCCUUCCCGUUGACCCUGGGCAAGACCGACCUAUCAGACAAUUCUCAAGACAGUUUAGUGCUCACUCCCAAGAAAGUCCACAUCCACGAAAAUUACAAUAAUAACAACUUCAAGAACGACAUCGCACUGGUGGAGCUAAAUGAACCGGUGCAGUUCUCGUCGACCAUCCAGCCAAUGUGUUUGGCAUUGAACAAAAACAUCAAAAGAGGAGGCAAGGUAGUCGCCACAGGUUGGGGUACUACCAAGGCAGGUACGAACAAGUAUUCAGACAUACUGCUGGAGGUGUCUCUAGACCUACUUAGUGACUCUAAAUGUCAAAACUUAGGCAACGCUGACCCCAGUAUCUUCAUCUGCGCCCUCACUCAAGACAAGGAUACCUGUCAGGGAGACAGCGGUGGGCCUCUGAUCGCGGAGGUGGGUGAGGGACAAUGGGCACUGGUAGGUAUCGUCAGCCACGGGGAGGGUUGUGCUGAGGUGAAUAAGCCAGGAGUCUACACCCGCGUGCCGGCUUACACCUCCUGGAUCACCUCCAAGAUUGGCUCCGUCGACUGUUAGAGAGUCUUUGGUGUUCCUCCUUAAGGCCAGCAGCUGAGUUACAUACGGCUCCUUCAUCUUCAGAGGACUAAGUGAACAUCAUUUAGUUCUGUUAUUAUCUAAGGACCAAAUUAAUACCACCUGCUGUUGGGAGUUUAUUUACCACCCAAUUGCCGUCUUGUAACGAUCGACUUCGCUACCUUCUGAAAAUCAACUUGAUUAAGACAACCUGAAUCACCCAAUUUAACACCACUUGACUUUCUUACACCUUUUGCGUCACAUCUUAACACCACCUGAGUUCUACACCCUGUGAGAACCAGCCAAAUGCCAUCUGUCUUCAACACCUGUCGAAAAUCCACUUAUGGUGUUGGGUAGUGGUGAUGGUGAUAAUGGUCCUGGCAUAAGUGUGACCUUAAUAAAACAAUAUUCAUAAUACUUUAUAAACCACAAUUGUAUGAUAUAUUUAUUGUAUGAUCAAAUCAAUAACCAUGUAACUUUUUUGCAAAUAAACAGAAUAAUAUUUAUAAGAUUAAAAGUGGUCAGUCUAGAUAUGUACACGAAUAUCUAUUCUUAGUUUGUUCUCCAUCUUACUAGUAAAAGAUGUUGCUAGAUUGUGUCUAUAUUUGAAAUGUAUUGAAUAAAAUUACUGAAUCUUUA